UUCUCGGUUUGAAAUUCUGCCAAGGAGCAGAAUUAGACCUGAGCGGGAAUAACCGUAUAUAUUUAAGAGGGCUAAAAAUGGCAUUCUGUGAUCUCGCUUCUUCCAAUGUAUCCGUAUUACAGUUGGAUAACAUGAACUUCAAGACUUUCCCUUCUGGUCUUUUGGACUGUUUAUUAGGUUCAAAGAUAAGAAGUCUGAGUUUACGUAAAAACAACUUUUUGACGUUCUCGGGUCAGGCUCUGUCACCGCUGGGAGAACUGACCACGUUGACUCUGACGUACAACAACAUUGCCUUUUUACAGGACGUUGAAGGCUUCAGGAAUUUAACUCUUCUUGGGCUGCGUUGGAACAAUUUCACGAAAAUCCCACGACUUUUCAAAAAGACCUCGCCUGAUAACAGCGUCUACCCAAAACUUCAGAUGCUAAGACUUGGAUAUAAUCGAAUUCUGGAGAUAGCGAAAGAGGACUUUUCCGGUCUACGAAACCUUAAAUACUUAGAGUUGAAGUUUAACUACAUUAGAAGACUCGCAAAUAAUUUGUUUAGGGAAACGCCCAAAUUAGAACGACUUCAUCUUAAGCAUAAUAAUAUCCGCCAGAUUUCCAGCUUCGCUUUUAAUAGCUCCUCGUUACGUUAUUUGGACCUCUCAGUAAACGCUUUUCAUUUCAGCACUGCCGACACUAAAAACUUCUUCAAACUGUGUCCAAACCUGGAUGGGCUUUAUUUGACGGGUAAUAUUAUGGACAUCAACAGCACUGCUUUAGAGGAACUUUUUUCUCCGCUCUCUAAGCUCACACGACUGAUAAUAGAAAACAUGCGUAUCUAUAAACGUCUACUGGAACCUCUGUUUAGGGUUCUUCCUUCAUUGAGAGAAUUAAUUGCCUCCAGUAAUAGUAUCAGUGAUUGGACGCCGGGUUUAUUCACAGAGGCCAAGAAACUGGAAAAACUUUACAUGGACUCUAACAAAAUUUCUACGAUUUCCGAAUAUUCAUUUCCUAAAUCUCUUUUGGCUAACCUCAAGAAAUUGAAUUUGGCCCGCAACCCUUUCGCUUGCAACUGCGAUUUAAUGUGGUUCAGGAAUUGGAUUCGAACCACCAACGUAACUAUCGUGGCCCUGAACCACAAAGGUUACAAAUGUUACUCUCCGAAAGAAUGGAAACAUAAGAACCUGCUGUCCUUCAAUCGUACAGUAGAAUCUUGUACUGUGAAGAAGUUAAACUUGCCGUUAAUUCUUGGCGCGUCCCUGAGUACGGCUGCCGUCGUAAUUGCGAUUACUGUGACUGUGUUUGUUCGUUACAGGAUGCACAUUAGCUACUGCUGUUUCCUUACGCGUUCCAAACUCAAAGGAUACACGGAAAUCGAGGACACGGAAGGGUACGAUUAUGACGCCUUUGUCGUUUACAGUGCCACAGACCGGAACUGGGUGAUCCAGGAACUCUUAGCCAGAGUGGAAGAUGAGGAAGGAUUCAAGCUGUGUUUGUACGACAGGGACUUUAUACCUGGAACCGACAUUGUAGACAAUAUCAUGGUUAGCAUGGAGGCCAGCAGGAAAGUCAUUCUCGUCCUUUCGGAUAGCUUCGCUGCCAGCGAAUGGUGUGAAUGGGAGUUAAAAAUGGCCCAGCACAAGCUUCUCGAUGAAAGGAGAGAAAUUCUUAUCCUAGUGAAACUAGGAGACAUUCAGCACCGUAACAUGACGAACCGACUAAUGCUUCUGAUGCGAGACAAGAUAUUCAUAGACUGGUCUGACUGUGAACUGAGUAGACAUAUGUUCUGGCAGAAGCUGAUCCGGGCACUUAGCAGACCGUCGGAACCCACCGCAGCCUGACAUCUGUCGGAACCCACUGCAGCCUGACGUCUGUCGGAACCCACCACAGCCUCACAUCAUGUAUUUACGCUAAAGAGGGUGGUUUAUUCUCAGAAAGUAUGUGGUUUUUGUGUAUGAAUGUGUAUGUGUAGCUCGCGAUGUAAACUUGAUGUGUAUUACAGGUAGAGAGUUUGGUACUCAUUUAAAGUUUGCAUACAUGAACACAUGUUGGACAAAAUACACAUACUGUGCCGUUGCAUAGUUGUUGCGGUUAAGGUGUACCUGAGAUAAACAACGUGUGUAUCUUUUCCUCACGAUUACUUGAAAGAUUAUGUUGUAAUAUCGUAAUUUAUGUGUUUUUUCUACAUUGUAUCGUAUUGUAUGACGUAAAACCCGACGCAUACAUAAACACAUUGUAUUUUUUAUGCAAAACCAAUUUAUUUUCUGCCUUUCCCUGUGUACAGUCAUUACAUUGUGCUUUUACGUCAUACUUAGCAAUUUUUCAAUCAUAUGACGUCGAGGACUCAUUAAGUGUGUAUGUACAUGUAGUGUGUCUCCUGGUGGCACGACGUGCCCAUGCCGCCAAAGUGCUGCCACCACUGAAGUAUCAUGCUCCGUGGCCGAGGUGGUUAGCGUGCCAGCGUGGCGCAAUGACUCAGGAGCCUCUCACCAAUACGAUGGCUGUGAGUUCAAGUCCACCUCAUGCUGGCUUCCUCUCCGACCAUAUGUGGGAAGGUCUUUCAGCAACCUGCGGAUGGUUGUGAAUUCCCCUGAAGUCGGCCCGGUUUCCUCCCAUCACAUUGUUGAAUGCCGUCGUAUACGUGGAAUCUUACUGAGAACAGCGUAAAACACCGAUCAAAUAUAUAAAUA